AGCUGAACAAUGGCGAAGAUCAAGCCAAAGGCAUUGCUGGCACAGAGCAAACAGAAGAAGGGCCCUACUCAGAUCGGCCUGGUGAGGAUCAUCACCUACAUCGUCCUCGGCGCCCUAGCUGUGUCCUCCGUAUACUAUGCCUAUCAGUACUGGCAGAGCAAAGGAGCGGCCGUUGCGGCAGCAGCAGGAGCAGCAGAAGGCGUCGUUGGGAACUAAAGCCCCAGGAAUGUAGUUGAUUUUGCUGCUGUUGUUGUAUUGUCUUGUCGGUUUUUCCUGGUUGUCGGAGUACGGUAAAUUUGUGGAACAUUGACAGAGCAUGCGACGCUUAGUUGUAUCCCCCUGUAAAUUGCCUUAACAUUUAUGCUUAUAUUUCCUUCUUCGA